AGCUUCUGCUGUCUGUGCCGUUGAAAUGGGCAAAAGGGGAAGAUUUUGCCGCCAUUGUUGUGCUUCGCACACUACUCCACUUCACUUCCCCCACCCAACCCCCCCAUUUGAAACCCCUUCUUCUCGAAUUCUUCUGCAACUUCAGAAAAGCUCUGAACUUGAACCGUAGGCUGUAGAGAGAAUGGCGAGCAACCUGAAAGUAGACGAGCUCAGGGCCGAGCUGGCCAAACGCGGCCUCGUCACGACGGGCACCAAACCCACCCUAGCGAGGAGGCUCCAAACGGCCAUGGCGAAAGGGACUCGGCAAUCAUCUGGUGGUCCUGUCGAUUCCUCGACUGGUAAGAAGAGGGAGCGGGAGGACCCGGAGGAUCAGGUCUCCUAUGGGGCAGCCAAGGUCGUUGCGGUGGAGAAGUUUCGCGGGAUGAGUAUUCAGCAAUUGCGAGAAGAAGCCCGAAAUCGGGGCAUUUCCUCAUCCGGGUCAAAGAAGGAGUUGCUGGAUAGGCUCUGCGCCGACUCUGAAAAGGACUCAGAUGCCAAAGAUGGAGAUCCUGUGGCAGCAUCUGAAGAACAAGUAAAUGGUAGUAAGACGGAGAAAAUUAUAACUGCCACCAAAAAGGGUGCAGCAGUGUUGGAUCAGUGGCUUCCUGAUCAUAUAAAGGCACAUUAUCAUGUGCUGCAACUGGGGGAUGAUAUAUAUGAUGCCAUGUUGAAUCAGACGAAUGUUGGGGAAAACAAUAACAAGUUCUAUGUGAUCCAACUUCUAGAAUCCGAUGGUGGAGGUUCCUAUAUGGUGUACUAUAGAUGGGGCAGAGUUGGUGUAAAAGGUCAAGACAAUCUACUGGGCCCAUACACAUCACGAGAUACUGCAAUUCAUGAGUUCACCCAGAAGUUUUACUCCAAGACAAAAAACGACUGGUUGAACCGUAAGGAGUUCACUUGUUACCCAAAGUGCUAUACAUGGUUAGAAAUGGACUUUAGUGAAGAGGAAGAAGCAGAUGUUGAGGACAAGGCUGAAACUAAAGCUGCUCUAACUAUGCAACCUCGGGAGACAAAACUUGAGCCUCGUGUAGCGAAGUUUAUCUCUCUUAUCUGCAAUGUUAGCAUGAUGAAGCAUCAUAUGAAGGAAAUAGGAUAUAAUGCUGACAAGCUGCCCCUUGGUAAGCUAAGCAAAUCAACAAUACUCAAGGGUUACGAUGUCUUGAAGAGGAUUUCUGAUGUGAUCGGGCAGUCAAAUAGGAGAAUGCUCGAGCAGUUGAGUGGAGAAUUUUAUACUGUUAUUCCUCAUGACUUUGGGUUUAGAAAAAUGCGUGACUUCGUCAUCAAUACCCCUCAGAAGUUAAAGAGCAAGUUAGAAAUGGUUGAAGCCUUGGGUGAAAUCGAGGUUGCAACAAAGUUGUUGAUGGAAGACAGUGGGCCCGAGGGGGAUCCCUUGUACAGUCAUUAUCAACGACUUAAUUGCGAACUAAUGCCUGUUGAAGUUGGUUCAGAAGAAUUUUCUAUGAUCGCAAAGUAUAUGCACAAUACCCAUGCGAAGACCCAUUCGGGGUACUCUGUGGAUAUUGUUCAUAUAUUCCGGGUAUCAAGAGAAGUGGAGACCAAACACUUUCGAGAGUACUCGAAUAUGAAAAACAGAAUGCUUCUGUGGCAUGGUUCUCGGCUUACAAACUGGACUGGCAUUUUGUCGCAAGGGUUGCGAAUUGCUCCCCCUGAAGCUCCGGUGACAGGUUACAUGUUCGGGAAAGGUGUUUACUUUGCAGAUAUGUUCUCAAAGAGUGCAAACUAUUGCUAUGCUAGUGGUGCUGCCACAGCCGGUGUUCUUCUCUUGUGUGAGGUUGCACUUGGAGACAUGGCAGAGCUUCCAAAUGCCAAAUGCGAUGCUGACAAGUUACCUGAGGGAAAAUUGAGCACGAAAGGGGUAGGUGCAACCUCUCCAGACCCCUCAGAAGCUCAGACUCUCAAAGAUGGUAUCGUUGUUCCCCUAGGGAAGCCCAAGCAGCAAUCAGGUCCCAAGGGUGCAUUGUUGUACAAUGAGUACAUAGUAUACAAUGUUGCACAGAUCCGAAUGCGCUAUGUCGUUCAAGUGAACUUCAACUAUAAGCGAUUUCAAAACCUGCAGUCUAUCGCUUUGUAUAUAUGCUGCUGAGGAUGCCCAAGAGAAGUGGACUUAAACUUAAUCAGCAUUUCGUUCGAAAUUAACCGUAAAAGAUGAUCCAUGACUUGGGAAAUGUUUGUAUUAGCAUACUAUAGGCUUGGUGUUCUCGUUUCGUAAAUUCUCCUAUAAGCAUCAGCGGAGAAUAACUUUACAAAGUUCUCCUCGUCCGCUCGUGUUGAAGGGAGAGACCUCAAAGGCCAUAUCAGUUUGUAUUAAGGAGGCAUAACUACUUCUAGCUGCUAAUGUGUCCUGCAAGUUGGCCCAUUGGGCCAUUGCCCAGUGAUUAUAUCACACUGCCCUGACUACCCUUUCCUCAAACGCUUCUUUGACUUUAGGAUAUGAUGAUUUUUCCUCAUUUGUCCCGGUAUGAUUAUAUCUUGGAGAUGUGGUUGCCAUAAUAUGAGCCUAAUUAACCUUCCAAUA